AUGGAACACCAGUUUUCCCACAAUAAGUGGAUUUUCCUCCUCCACACUUUUAUCGGAUUUAUCAUUUGGUUCUUAUCCAUCCCUGGGAUUUUAUUCGUCAUUUUCCCAGCGUACCUCCUCCGCCGCGCCCACUCCAUUUUCGCCCCCUCCCAUCUCGAGUUCCUCGGCCCAGAAGAUGCCAUCCUCUCCCUGGCUGAAACAUCUGCUCAUUUAAAUAGUAACACUGCCCAGAUUUGGCGACUUUCUCCUGGAAUUUUAAAUGUUUCCGAGUUCCGAGCCCUGUUUUACCAAUGUUUCUUAUCCACACCGGAAAAACGGAGGAAAUAUCGCAACUUCGGGGCGAGGAUUGUCUCUUGGGGUUGCUACACCUGGAAAGAGGUCAGGUCUCGGAUCGAUUUAGAAAAACAGAUCAAACUCGGCCCGACAGAUUUGAAUUUGGUCGAGGAUGAAGAUAAAUUCGAGGAAUGGAUUGCUCGUUGGAUGGCGACGAAUGAUUACGCCCCGGAAAUGGCGGCCUGGGAGGGGAUCAUUCUACAUGGAAGGGAGAAAAACGAGUCAAUUUUACUACUAAAGAUGGAUCACGCCCUUACCGAUGGGUACACGUGGGGUCAUUUGGCCAGUAUGUUAGCCGGGAUGGGAGAUAAGAUGCCUUAUCUGGUGAGAGAUCAUGACAAGGAGAUAAGUUGGUUGAGGAAGAGCCAGAUUUUUCUGGCAUUUCCGUCCGUUUCAACGAAGGAUGUGUUUUCCUGGUUAAGGGGAAAAAGUGUCCCGUACCAUUGUUAUUCUACUCCAGGCACAGAGAAAAAUUCGGAGUGGAUGAUGUCCUUGACGAGACUGGACUUGGGCAUGGUUAAGCGAAUCAAGCGACACGUGGGGGGAAGUGGGGUUCAUUUUAAUACGGUUUUGGGGUCCGUGGUGGCGGGUGCUUUGAAACGAUGGUGUCUCGAGGAGGGGGGUGUGACCAUUGAUAAGCUUCCGGAAAAAGUGUGGCUCCCUAAUCCGGUCGGAUGGCCGGGCCAUCCCAUCAUGGAAAAGGAGACGCUGAAUGGAAAGGGGAUGGGGAAUCAUAUGUCGACGCGAAACCAAUCCUUUCCCUUUGCCAUUGAGGACGACCCUCUCCAUCGUCUUUUAGAUGGGGAGAAAUCCGUCCAAUAUGCGGAAAGCGUCGGUCAAGCCAUUGGUUUUCGAUGGAUUGUUGGCAGCGUGGGAUGGUUAACUCCAACAACAAUUUUACGCCAAACGCUCGCCAAAUCCUCACCCUCCAUCCGAUCCGGUCUUGAACAAGUGUUAACCCCACUUUUACUUUCUCCCGAACCGCACAAACUGCUCGGGAUGGAUGUGAUCGGACUACAUUUGCCUGUUCAUGUUCCGCACCUGCUCGUCGCAACAAAGUUGUAUGUCGUCCCGGUCUCGGUCGGAGGUCACUUGGAGGUCAGCGUCUCCGCGACCAAGGACGCAUUUCGGGAUCAGAAGAGUUUAAAUCGCUUCACGAAAGUAAUGCUGAGUGAAGAAUUGGCCAAAUUGUGGGCAAAAUGCGAACAAGAUUUGCCAGAAAAAUUAAUUAUUCAUUAACCAAAUAGGGAAAUUUUAGCUAUAUCGAGUAUUUAUUUAAUUGGUUCAUUUCCUCAUGAUAAGACAUAUUUGGAUAAGGUAUCUGUAUUUCUGAUAAAUUUCAGGAGAUGUAACAAGAAUAAUGAUGAUAAAAGUAUAAUAAAUAAUUAAAAUAUUUUUUUA